AUGAGAAUUCCCCAGGUAUUUGCGUUUGUUGCAGCUGUGGCUGCAGUGACAGUUCCGCGCUCCAAGCACUCUUCCCCGGCCCCGUUCACAAAUGUGACCAUUUUCUCACCACCUUCCAACUACAUUGUUCCAAGGACGCUCUACCCGCGUAACGAGCAGCUUCCCAACGGGGAUCUUCUUGCGACAUGGGAAAAUUAUUCCCCAGAGCCACCGGCUGUUUACUUUCCUAUCUACCGCUCCAAGGACUACGGAAAGACCUGGAAGGAGAUUUCAAAGGUGCAUGACACUGCCAAUGGGUAUGGCCUGCGCUACCAGCCGUUCCUCUACUCCCUACCCGAGCGAGUCGGCUCAUUCAAAAAGGGCACUCUACUUCUGGCCGGUAGUAGCAUUCCGACUGACUUGUCGUCCACAAACAUUGAUCUUUACGCGUCGCAGGACGAUGGCGUAACUUGGAAAUUUGUUAGUCAUAUUGCUUCUGGAGGAGAGGCUGUUCCUAACAAUGGCCUGACUCCUGUGUGGGAGCCAUUCCUACUUGCCCACAAGGGAAAGCUGAUUUGUUAUUACGCUGAUCAGCGGGACAAUACAACCCAUGGACAGACAAUAAGUCACCAGGUCUCAACUGAUUUGAAGAAAUGGGGGCCUGUGGUAGAGGAUGUCGCAUAUCCGACAUAUACCGAUCGACCCGGCAUGCCAGUUGUAACCAAGCUCCCUAACGGUCAAUACUUCUACAUAUAUGAGUAUGGCUCUUUCUUUGAUACAUCAAGCUACUCAUUCCCUCUGUACUACCGUUUGUCGUCCGACCCCGAAAAGAUCGCCUCGGCCCCGGGCCAGCGUCUGGUUGUCUCCAGUGGUGCUAAGCCGACAUCUUCGCCAUACGCUGUGUGGACACCUUACGGUGGCAAAAAUGGCACCAUCAUUGUCAGCUCCGGUACGCAGAGUAGUUUGUUCAUCAACAAGGCCCUUGGCGAAGGGGAGUGGACAGAGAUCGCUUCACCCCAAGAACACGGUUACACACGGUCUCUGCGGGUACUUUCGGGGGAGGGAGGUCGUUACCUGGUCGUGCAUUCUGCAGGUGUGCUACUCGGCACAAAUAAUCGGGUCUCAGCAAGUGUGAUGGAUUUGAAAGAGGUAUUGUAA